UUACGGAAUCACCAAACCAGUGAAGAUCUAUACUAUACGUAAGGAGGAGUCAGUUAACCUAUCUUCUCUCUUCUCCGCCGGCUUUUGCACAGAUGAACGAACGAGCGAACGUGGUCCCUAUUCCUCCUUCCAAAGCAAGAUGCGAGAUGGCUCAGACUAUCAAGCAGUUCACCCUGCCGAACGGAAUCUCAGGCAAGCAGAUCAUCGUCCACCACAGCAUGAAGAAUAUUCUCGUCCUAGAUCUGAGGGAGGCCACCCUAUCGGAACCCGCCGCUGCGCACCUUCUUCGGUGGGUGAAUUGGGGCGCAGUUUUCACCGAAGGGAGUCGACCGCGGCCAGGUUCCAUUGAUGAAGUGGUGAGCCAUCUGCAAGGGGAAGCUGUCGGCUUCGUGCCGACCUCGGGCGGAGAGUCACAAGCUGAUUUUUGGAUAGUAGACGCUCACAAGUGGGCAGCAACCCUGCCUGACUGGCACUGGGCAAGAGUCUUUGCAGCCCACACCACGGAUGGCAUGGCCAAUAGGUUACUGAUCGGCAUUCCUCGUGAGCGCACGCGCUCACCUCUGUCAUACGACGGGCAGCAUAAUCAGGAAACUCGGGAUUUUCAGAAGGCAGCCUUUUCGGCUUUAGGCUUUACAUUAGUGGACGGACCAGUCACGGAGUCCCGCCUUGGGAGAAAACCGGUCAUGGAUAAACUGGAUGUCAUGACCCUCUGGAGUUUUUUCACUAACCUAGAGUUUUCUCGGACCGUCUACAGCGCCAUAGUGCACUCACUACUGGAGGUACUGGCAGGCCUUACUGGUGACUGUUCGCGGACGGCGGAAAUGAACAUUUGGCUGUCAGCAGGACCGGAGGAGUGGAUCAACAGGAUCCUGGGGAAAACUGAGGUCAUCAGAUUGAUUCACCAAGGUGAUCAGAAUUUUAUUGAAGGGUUGUUCUCAGCUAAUGAUGUCAGUCUCAAUUCUGCUGACUUCUGGAAUAAGGUCAUUUCCUCGCUGGAGAGGAAGAGUGGAAUGGCGCAGGAAGAAGUGAGAUCGCUUCAAGCUAUAUUCGACCUACCAGCUUGGAGAAGGCACAUCGCAAUUCUCAUAAGAAUAAAGCAGAUAGAACUGAAUUACCAACACUUUGAGAAGGGAAGACCAGCAGCUAGUGCCUUCAAGAAUGCACUAGCAGGACUUGCAGAGGAGCUCUGCGACAAGCGAUGCCCAGACGGUGUCAGAUCCCUGCUGAGAUCACUGGAAUUGGACACGGCAGUCCUCCCACUGGCCAAGAUAAACAAGGAGUGGGACGAGCAGGAGAACAAAGCAGCCAUCAGGAGUGGCUUUCGGAUGGUACUCCUCUCCCGCUCUUUCCUACUUCAAUCCCUCGCUUGUGUUCUGCUGCUUGCGACGACUUCUAAGCGGGUUAAUGGCGCCGCUUUCAAGCGACCGGUCCUUGGCCAAUGGUCUUCGGCUGCCAAUGCUCCUGAGCCGGGAGACAGCCAAGCCCGUCUUCUCGCCCUGCAGGUCAGACGCAAUAUUAUGGCGAUGGUGUCCACCGCCCCGCCUUCCUCGCCUCCAGUGGCCGAGUCGGAAGGGAGUAUGACACUUCUUCAGCCCGAGCUCUUCGUCCCAGGCAACCAGAGCGUAGUGCCUCCCAUAGUCGUUCAUACCCCUUCUCCGGACUUUCAGACGACCGCUCGUGCGUGGUCGUGCUUUCAUUUGGUUCGCGACUUCACGUUUCACCCUAACGGUAGCGAAAUGUACUUCAUCCUCGACAAGUUCUGCAACGCGGAAGAGCAAGUCCAAACUCGGCGGCUGUCGAUACGAAAAGCCGAUCUUGGGCGGGCGCGCCAAGGUUUCAAAAAUAGUUCGGUACUCAGCUACUGGUGGCAGUAUGGCGCAGGGAACGGGCUGAGUGAAACAUCUGACUUUGUGUGGAGGAAGAAUAUCGCUGACAACAUAUCGAUGGCGUUCGUGUACAGUCUCGACGUGAACAAAGAAGGAGACCAGCUGGUCACAGGGGCACGUCCGGGCAUUGGGACUCAGUCGAGAGUGGUGUGGCUUUCCACGGCGACUGGCGAAAGAACGAGCGUCGAGAUAACUGCGGACUUUGUAUGGAGCGUGGCAUUCAAUCCGAAGAAGACGGAACUGUUCAUCUCCGACGUCGCCAAUCCCGUUCGGAUUCUGUCGAUGGCGGUCACAGACUUUCUGCCGGACGAGAGCUGCCUUUAUUUCGCCGAUUGGUUCUACGACCGCGUCUGGGGAAUCGAUCCUCGCUCCCCUUCCGCGAGGGCCACUCUUGUGGCCGGGUCGGGCCAGAGCGGGUCCGUCGAUGGCGAUGGUCCCAAAUCUCAGUUCGAUUUCGUGGCGACCGCAGUAGCGACGCCGGACGGAUGUAACGUCUUCGUUACCGAGCAUAGCAGCGGUUUUCUUCGGUGGCUGAAGCUGGACGCGCCCUGCAGCUCGGCGACCAGUGUACAGAAGGUCGGCAGAUACAGUGCCGCUGGGUUGUGGGGAUUGGCGCUUCGCCAAACCGGCAGCGAACUGCGUCUGUUCGUGGGAGCGGACGAUGGUUCCGUGUUCGAGCUGACAAUCAACAAUUCGCAGCUCCACUCUUGCGCGCCUACUCCUCCCCUGGUCGACCCGACCUCCUCCCCAGCUCCCGCGGAUAUGCCUUCGUCUUCUGGCCCUUCGCCUUCAGGACCUUCGGCGGUUGUCCCCACCUCCCGAGGAACUAAUUUAGGUCUCGCGGUAGGGCUGCCCUUGUCGAUCUCAGCCUUCCUGGCGCUCGCCACGUGCCUUAGUGUCCUUGUGUACAGAGCGCGCCGUAAUGGGGGGAAACAGCCGAAUGCAAUAGGGAGCAGAACCCUCGACAUUGGACGGACGAGCAAUUGGACCACGGAGGGGGGUGCAUGCCAGGAAGGGGGGAGAGGUGGGGGACUUCACCCCUUGCAAGUCCGCCGAUUCGAGCUGGCAGCACUGCAGCAGUGCACAGCCGAUUUCAGCAAGGAGUACCGCAUCGGGGAAAAAGGAGCGUUCGGCGAGGUCUACUGGGGCUCGAUCGACGAUCAGGAUUUGGCCAUCAAGGUGAUGACGGGGGAUCUGACAGAGGGAAAGAGAAGCAUGUUCCUGGCAGAAGUGAACACGUUGAGCAGACUCCAUCAUGCCAACCUUAGCGGACUGGUGGGAUUCUGUGACGAGGGGAGUCGGUCGAUCUUGGUGUACCCGUAUUUCCCGGGGGGAAGUCUGUAUGCUCGCCUGCACCACAGAGAGAAGGCAGUUCCUGGAAGACCUCGUCUCUCUCCUCUGACACUCGUUGAGCGGAUGUGUAUCGCCUGGCAGAUUGCCAGGGGGCUCAGUUACCUUCACGGGGGAGCGGACCCGCCAGUCAUUCACCGCGACAUCAAGAGCAGCAACGUCCUUCUUGGUGAUGGCGCUGGGGACAAGCUGCGCGUCGUGCUCGCGGAUUUCGGACUAGCGACCAUCGGAGAAAGAGUGUUUGGCGGGACAACACGCGACACCGCGGUGAAGACCUCGCACGUGGGCGGGACUUUCGGGUACAUGGCGCCGGAGUACGUGAUGAGCGGAAUCCUGUCGGAGAAGAUCGACGUGUACGCUUUUGGCGUGAUCCUUCUGGAACUGCUUACGGGCCGAAAGGCUGUCACAGAGGCGCCGUCCGGUAACGGGUCAUGGCAAACGCUAGUGGACUGGGCAAGGCCGUUCUUGCGAAGCGAAUUUAUUGCUGGUGGAGGGAUGCCGCAGGCAAUUCUGGACUCUUGCUUGCGUGACGAGGUGGCGGGCCGCGCAUUCCAGCAGAUGACGAUGGAGGCACUGCGUUUAGCGAGCAACUGUUUGAUGAUGGAGCCUGCUGCGAGGCCAACGAUGACCGAGCUAGCGGAGAAGCUUGGGGAUCUGUUGAUAGAGGCUCAAGUCAAUAUAAGGAGGGUAUGAGCGUCUUGCGCAGACCACAUGGACAGAUGCCUCUUCAGCGGAUGGAGAGGACACUGCAGCGGAGAUGCUGAAAACUGUUGGCAAACGGGGGGAGGGCAUAGGUAGCAAAAGGAGUUGUGAUGGCUGAUUGGAAGAGGAAGUAGAGAGCCUUGGGGGCUAAUUAAUUACGACUA